AUGGACGCAUUGACCUAUUUAAAGGAAUAUUCUAAAAUUUUCGAAUUCGUUAACCACAGAAAAAAAAGUGAAGAGAAUCAUAAAGAGGAAAACGGUAAAACAUGCUUGAAGGAAGAAAAACAUUACUCAAAGAUGAAUGGAAAAAGUACCUGCAUAACACCAACAAGCUGUGUAGAGGAGAAAAAUAGAUCCAGGAAGUCAUACAUUUAUAGGAAGAACGAAAACAAAUAUCAAAGAAGUAAAACGCACAAGGCGAAUGAAUAUGACCUAUCAGAGAAUGUAGCAGAUUCCUCCAACUUGAGCUUAAAAACAAAAAGUAAAUUAAUAGUAAAUUAUGGAAAAUAUGAAAUUAAGAGAUAUAAAAAGGACACAAUGAAAAAAUACAAAACAGAUUUUGAAAGAAUCUGUAUAUGUAAGAAAUGUUACAUGAACCAAAUGCACGAAAAAAAAAAAAGAACUACAGUGUAUACAUUAGAGUUUAAUAACUCUGUCGAUUCCGAAAAUAUGUGCAAAUAUAAUUUUGUGAAAAGGAACACAUCCAUUCAUUAUGAUUUAGCAUAUAUAAUAAAUAAGCAUCAUCACAAACGUCUUACAGAAGAAGGAAACCAAGUGAUGGUGGGAGAACAUUUUCCAGAAGAAAUUCCACAUAAGAAAAAUUUGUUCCAUUUCCUAAAUUCUAUUUUUAGUGUAAAUUAG